GGCUUUCAAAAGUCAAAACCCUAGUUAACAAAUGGAAAGACCUGGCGGCAACUCCUUAUAAUCGUCUUCAAACCCACUCUCCUCUGCCUCUUGAAUCCUCAAUUCUCUCCGUCGGAAACCCUUGUCCUUCCCAAAAACCCAAAACCCUAGGUUACUAGAUCACUAUGGCCUCUUCAAUGGAGUUUUGGGGGGUUGAAGUCAAGGCUGGGGUGCCUCUGAAAGUAACACCCACGGAAGAUGCUAUGAUACAUGUUUCUCAGGCAGCUCUUGGCGAGUCGAAGAAAGAUAAAGGAAAGGAAGCUGUGCCGUUGUUUGUUAAGUGUGGUGAUCAGAAGCUUGUUAUUGGAACUCUUUCUUCUGAGAAUUUCCCCCAAGUAUCAUUUGAUUUAGUUUUUGAGAAAGAAUUUGAACUUUCUCACAACUGGAAAGGUGGAAGCGUCUAUUUCUGUGGUUACCAAGUUCCUAUACCCGAAGAGGGUGAUGACUAUCCUGGUUCGGAAUUUUCUGACGAGGAAGAGAUUCCGCUGACCAAAACCGAGAAUGUAAAAGCUGUGCCAAAGGGUGAUAAUGCUGCAGCCAAGUCCCAAGCAGCCAAGCCCGAGUCUUCUACAAAACAGGUUAAAGUUAUAGAGCCAAGUAAGCCUGAGGAAGGUGAUUCUGCUGAAGAUUCUGAAGACGAUUCUGAUGAAGAUUCCGAAGAUGAUUCUGAUGAAGAUGAUGAAAGCGAGAGUGAUCUUAUGAUGUCUGAGGGCAAUGAUGAUGAUUCUGAUGAAGAAGAAACACCUAAGAAGGCUGAGGUUAAGAAAAGGCCUAAUGAUUCUGCUUUGAAGACUCCAGUAUCUAAGAAGGCAAAGUCUGCUAUCCCUCAGAAGACAGAUGGUAAGAAGGGAGCGCACUCUGCAACUCCUCACCCUUCAAAGCAGGCUGGUAAAACACCUGCAAAUGGAGCCAACUCUAAGGCGCAGACACCAAAAUCUGGUGGUGAAUUCUCAUGCGGAUCCUGUGGCAAAUCAUUUAAUAAGGAAGUGGGACUGCAGUCUCACAAAAAAGCCAAACAUGGAGGCACCUAGAGUUCCCGUGAUUAAAUUUUGUUCGAGAGCCUUGUUUUUUGGUUUGGUAGGCGGUGUAUCAACUAAAAGUGAGUGGGGUUUUGUGGUCGGGUAGCUGGCAACUUUAAUUCAUGUACUGUGGUGCUGCAAACUUGAUUGGUAUUUUGUUUUUGUCAUUAGUUUGUCAAAGUAUCGUAAAUUCUGUGCUUAUUGGCCCUUGUCUGUGUUUGAUUAUACUGGGGUUGGAGGCAACUGGAGUUGCACUUUUAUGGAGUUAGAGCUGAACCUACUGGGUAGGGCGCUGCAUACUUGCUUUAGAGCUAUUGAAAAUUUGUUGCUUUGUGCAUUAGAAUAUUUUGGCACUUGUCUUUUUCCAUGCUUAAAAUAUGCACAUCUUCGGAUCACUUUGUGUCU